AUGCUGCAGCAAUGGAGUCGAGUCGAGGCCGAUGGCUGGGGAAGGCAGCACGCAACGCCGGAGCUGGAACUGGAGCUGGAGCGAGCCAGAGCUGGGGAGGCUGGGUCUGAGAGCUUGCAUGAGCUGGCAGUGUGGUGGCAACCAACCACCAAGGUCCACGACGUCUUCUCCAUCGGCCCUUUUGUCUUCACUACUAACUGUCCUCAUCGUCUCUCUCACUUUGUAUAUCCUUCUUUUCACCAUCUCUCACUCACACACUCUCUCUCACUUGCGAGGCCGCCUUUGGUCCUCCUUUUCUGCCGCAGGCCAAAUAAGAAGUCGAAAACUUCCCAGCCUCCGACUUUCUCUUCCUUCUUCUUCUUCUUCUUCUUCCUCUUCCUCUUCCUCUUCCUCUCCUCCAUCGCCAGCCUCGACUUCACUCCAUCAAUUCCAUCUCAAUUGACCUUCUUCCAUCUCCCAGAACAGGACAGACGCCAGUCUAUCUUCGUUCUCAUCACCCUCUGUGCCCCUUCGUCCCCGUUGCAUUCGAGAAAGGACGCCCCUCAAGCAGCCAAUCUGGACUUUGACGCCCGCGUCCCCAUCCCCUUCAGUGUCUUCCCGUCGUCGUACCGGAGUGACGCUGCUGCCGCUGUCUCUGAGUCGACUCAGGAGAGAGUAGAGGGCGAGGUCAAGUUUUCAGGUGCUUCGCGCGUCGGACGGGAAGAUACUCGAUACGAAGGCCCCCUCCCAGCACCAAGAACCUCUACCCAGCAAGCCACUGCUUCCUUUGACCAGCGCUUCGACAACGAGGAGUUCCGUCCUGUCACCGACUACAGACAAACCACUGUCGUAGCCCACGAGGAGCACCCCCGUCACAGCCACCAGCAGGAGCACAUCCCUGAAGUUCAGCUUUCCCGGGAAAGAUACUACGAGACCAGAGAUCGUCGAGAGACUGAACUUGAUACCCAGCUUGACAUCACUGAGCGUCAAUACCGUGCCCGUACUGAUCCUCGCUACCAAGCCCAGCACGAGUCUGAACCCCGCCAAGUUCGAGACGUAGACGUCGGGUACAGCAGCAGCCGUACCUUCAGCUCCGUCGAGAGACCUUCCGAGAAAGUUCGAGAAGUCGACGUUGCCUACAGCCGGGCCUACGAGACCGUCGACAACGCUCGUCCACCAGUCGAAGUCCGUGACAUCGACUAUCAGGAGCAGACCAAGAAGUCAGAUACCCUCAACCUCAUCUCCGAUCACCGCGUAGUUCAGGAGCAGGACCCCAAAGCCAAAAUGGGUUACUACGACGACGAAGGUCAGUACCACUCCUUCCGCCGCGGAGUCGAGCGUGCUGCCGAGCGCGUGUUGCACCCAUUCCAUCACCGCCACCAUCACCACCACCACCAAACUCACGAAGAUGGAAUCAUUUCUGACGAGCGCCGCGCCGAUCAAGUUGUCCCACGUGAAAACGUCCGCGUUGUCCAGCCCCGUGGUGGACACCCACCAGACACCAUCACCAUCCCCUGCCACUUCAUCCGCAUCGGCGACCUUUUGAUCCUCCAGGGCCGCCCUUGCCAGGUUAUCCGUGUCUCCGUUUCCCAGCAGACCGGCCAGCACCGUUACCUCGGUGUCGACCUCUUCACCCGCCAGCUCCAUGAGGAGUCCAGCUUCAUCUCCAACCCAUCCCCAUCUGUCGUCGUCCAGAGCAUGCUCGGCCCCGUCUACAAGACCUACCGUGUCCUCGACAUGCGUGACGACAACCGCAUCGUCGCCAUGACCGAGACCGGUGACGUCAAGCAGGGUCUCCGUGUCGUCGACCAGGGCAACCUCUUCAACCGCAUCGCCGAUGCCUUUGCCGAGGGCCGUGGCUCCGUCCGUGCCCUCGUCAUCAACGACGGUGGCCGCGAGCUCGUCGUCGACUACAAGGUCAUCCACGGUUCCAGACUUUAG